AUGCAGGCUCCGAUGAUAUCGGCGCCGCUGAAGGCGACAAACGAGAUAGACUGGAUCCAGCCGCUGAAGCAAUACAUCAGACAGACCUACGGCGAUGACCCAGAACGGUACGCGGAGGAAUGUGCGACACUGAACAGACUGCGACAAGACAUGCGGGGCGCGGGGAAGGAUAGUGCUGCUGGACGAGAUCUGCUGUACAGGUACUAUGGACAACUGGAGCUGCUGGAUCUGCGGUUCCCCGUGGAUGAGAACCAUAUCAAGAUUUCGUUUACAUGGUUCGAUGCCUUUACACACAAGCCCACUUCUCAAUAUUCCUUAGCAUACGAGAAGGCCUCCAUAAUCUUCAACAUAUCUGCUGUUCUAUCAUGUCAUGCGGCACACCAGACUCGCUCGGAAGACUCCGGUCUCAAGACAGCAUAUCAUUCUUUCCAAGCCUCUGCUGGCAUGUUCACAUAUAUCAACGAGAAUUUCCUCCAUGCACCAUCUACCGAUUUGAGUCGAGAUACGGUCAAGACGCUUAUUCAGAUUAUGCUGGCUCAGGGACAAGAAGUGUUUCUUGAAAAGCAAAUUGCUGAUGGAAAGAAGGUUGGGCUUCUGGCUAAGUUAGCUAGUCAAGCUGGCUAUCUGUAUGCCCAAGCAGUUGAAGGUACCCAAGAGAACGUGAACAAGGCUGUUUUCGAGAAAGUUUGGCUUUUGGUAGUACAGAUCAAGUCCAGCUACAUGUCUUCAUUAGCCCAGUAUUACCAGGCCUUGGCUGACGAUGACGCUAAUUCACACGGAAUAGCUGUCUCUAGACUUCAAGUUGCUGAGACGGCUGCCAAGGAAGCUAAUAAGGUUGCAAGCAGCUUCCCAGGUACUGUUCCUGCUAAUUCAAAUUUCAACUCGGAGACGGGGGCAUCUCUGGUUGAGAUGACCAAACGACAUCUCGCAAUUGUUCAGGAGAAGCUCUCUGAGUUGAUCAAGGACAAUGACUACAUUUACCAUCAGACUGUGCCAGCUGAGGCGGCUCUGUCCGUAAUCCCCAAGCUUCCAGCAGCGAAAGCUAUUCCUGUUAGUGAGCUAUAUGCCGGACAGGACAUACAACGGAUCACAGGACCCGAUAUUUUCCAAAAGAUUGUACCCAUGUCUGUGACAGAAUCUGCCAGCUUGUACGACGAGGAGAAAGCCAAAUUAGUUCGGGCUGAGACUGAGCGGGUGGAAACGGCAAACAGUGAGAUGGCAGCAAGCUUGGACUACCUGCGAUUACCUGGUGCUUUACAAGUACUCAAGGGUGGUUUUGACCAGGAAUUGACAGCGGAUGAUGAAUUCCGUGGAUGGUGUGAUGAAGUUGCAAAUCAUGAUAGGCCCAACUUGACAUUUGAGUCUUUGAGGAACAGUAAGGAGGCUAUUAUUGGAGUUCUGGACAAAAGCACUCGGCAACUCGAUAUGGAAGAAAGUAUUUGUGAAAAGAUGCGUUCAAAAUACGAAGCCGAUUGGACACAACAGCCGAGUUCGAGGUUAACCACAACGCUGAGGAGCGACGUACGAAAUUAUCGAGAAGCUCUGGAGGAGGCGGCGAGAAGUGACAAUACGCUGAACUCGAAGAUGCGGCAGUACGAGAAUGAUUUCGAUGAAAUGCGGUCUGCAGGUGAGACUGGAGAGGCUGACGUCUUGUUCCAGAGGGCUUUAAUUCAGGUUGGUGGCAAGUCACGGAAUAAUGUUGGAAGUCCUGCAGGAGGCAAUCUCAUUGACGAUGAUUUCGGAGACGGCGGUCUCAGUGUCAUGGAUCAGGUUGCAAAAGUGGAAGAGAUUCUCAAGAAGCUGAAUUUGAUCAAGCGGGAUCGGUCGCAAGUGCUGAAAGAUCUGAAGGAGAAGGUUCACAACGAUGAUAUUUCACAAGUUCUCAUCUUGAACAAGAAGUCCAUAUCCAAUUUCGAGAAUCAGCUAUUUCAAGCUGAGCUUGAGAAGUUUCGACCGCACCAACAACGACUUCUGCAAGCCAAUCACAAGCAAUCGUCUCUCAUGAAGGAGCUCACAUCUACUUUCAACGUAUUACUUCAAGACAAGAGAGUGAGGUCUGAGCAAAGCAAGUAUGAGAGCAUUACAAGACAAAGAACUUCAGUCAUGUCCAAGUAUAAGCGGGUAUAUCAAGAAUUCUUAGAUCUCGAAGCAGGUCUCCAAGCUGCCAAGGAUUGGUACAGAGAAAUGAAAGACACCGUGGACAGUCUUGACAAGAAUGUGGAGACGUUUGUCAACAAUAGAAGAUCCGAGGGGGCUUCACUUCUUAACCAAAUUGAGCAAGACCGAGCCAAUAAUGCUACUGGGCAGGCAGACAGGGAACGAGAGCGUCUUCGCGGACUUAUGGAGCGAAUGUCCAUGAAUCCAUCAACGUCUCCAUCUUCAGAUAGACCACCACGAGCACAAUCUACGUCGUACACCUCACCAUCACCAACCGCAAGAUAUCCAUCAACAAACUUUACCGGUCAAUAUCAAGUUCCUACCCCGCCACCGGCCCAACCUCAAUCUCAAUUCUCACAUCCGGCCUUCUCAUCACAGAAUGGGCCCUUUGCCACUCCACAGCAGUCGAGAACAGACCAGUACGUCUUGUCCCAGUCAGGUCCUCAAAGAUCGAAUCCACAAGGGCAGGAAGCGUAUAAUCCAAGCAUGUACCCUCCUGUUUCGCCUCCGCCAACCCAAACCUCGUUCUCCCAGAACAUACAAAACUAUGGCCGACCAACCCCUCAACCUCCAGUCCAGCAAUCAUAUGUCCCUCCCGGAUAUGUGCCCCCGCCUCCUCCCCGCGGCCCCCCUCCACUCGGUCCGCAGCAAACAUUCCAGCAACCAGGCGCACCUCCUGUUGGUGGACAAGGGGAAUAUAAUACUUACGGUAAUCAGCAGCAAAGAGGUGCUCCGCAACAGGGAGGCACUUCCAACGAUCCAUGGGCUGGGAUAAACUCGUGGAGAUAG